AUGAAUAAUUAUAUCAUUUUCGCAGAAAUUGAAUUAUGUAAAUUGGAGAAGAGAUAUCGAUUGAAUCCCGAACCUCCAGAGGUGCCCCUGGACACUUCGGAACCGAUAAUUGAGUCAGUUCUCCCAAUACCGAAGGAUCAUCCAGAUGUAUUGCUCAAUUCCUCCGACUUCAUGCCGAAAGUUGGAUUUUUGAAGACCAUCGGUUUAGACCUCAUGCCACCGAACAGAAGAGAUGAAGCGGAAGAAACCUGGCAAUACGUCCUCAAAGACAGAAAAAAACGUAAGACGACAAACUCAGUGACAGCGUACUGCGAACGACUAGCAAAAGUAUAUUCAAAGACGCCGCCAGCAUCUCCCAAGCCCUUCCAAAAAAUGCGUCUCCUGGAUCGCAUCAAAGUCAAGUCAGUGCCAGAGAGACCACCCCCACUACCCCCCCUUGUACCAGAUAUUCAUUCCACGUGUCAUCCGAUAUUACCCGUGCGAGGGGAGAAUGGAAUUAAACAACCGUGUAAACUCAUUGAAAUUCACGAGAAUUGUGAUGAGCACGAGGAAAUGAGGAACAACUUUACGUGGAGAGGUAUUGAGGAUAUUAUGAUUGCUUACAACGAAUAUUCUAAAGGAAAAUCAUUAGAGAGAAAAAUACUGGCCAAUCAAAUGUCGAAGUUGAUAUCCCAAUCGAAUUCCCUGCGCUCGGAGGCUAUUCAACUGGAGAGAGUGAGAUACGAAUUGCUGGCAACGAGACAGGCACUCGACAACGAGAGAAGAUUGCUGAGCGACAAAAUCGAGAGGAUUAAUGCACUUGUUAGGAAUCUUAGAUAGCGAUGCAUAACGCACAACACGGAAACUCAUUCAUCUGUGAUAUUAUCGAGGGGGUAAGGGCCGAGAAUGCACCGAAAUAAUUUCCACAAUAAGUCAGAGUACACCUAGUGACCUCAGGAAACAAUUUAAGACGUUUCACCGAUAUGUGAACGAAAUUUUUUCCACUGAUUUUCUAUGGAACUUGUUUUUUCAUUCAAUGUUUUUUUUCCGAUGGAAAAUGGAGAUCUGCUGGUAACAGAGCUGUAGAAAAAUGUAAAAAUUCGAGAGAACAUAGGACCAUAUCAAUAUCACGAUCAAAUGUAUAAAUUGUACAAAUGUCAAUGGAAAUCAAACAAUAAUCGUGUUUUCGUCACAACAAUUACUAGUGAUAAUUUUUUUUUGUGUUCGAAUAGACGCAACGGCUCUUGCACCCAAAGUCUACUAUUAAUAAUUGUAAUUUGUACGAUAAGAAUGUGGGGAAAGAAUGGGAGAAAGACCUGUCAUUGCCCAAGCACAUGUUGGAAUACUAUUUUUGGAGUUGAGUGGAAUGAGGAGAUAAUGAAUCCGCCGCAGGUGCCUUCGUCUAUUGUGCUGAUGAGUUUGUUUUUUCGGUUUUAAUGUGGAAAAAUAGAAUUCAUUUGAGUUUUUAUUUUUUCCUUGAUCAUAAUGAGGCGUUAGAGGAAUAAAAUCUUCACGUGGUGGAAUUCUUAACCGGUUGACUUAGGGAUAUCUGAGUACUUUGGCUAUUUUUGUAAAAAUGUUUUUUUUAUUUUUGUGAAAGAUUUUUCUACUUUUGUAGGCGAAGCCCACAACUUUUAUUUGAGCCCUAAUUGACAAUGAUUUACAAUGAUUUUAUUGUUUAAACUUUUAUUUGUUUUACGAUGAUUUUAUUAUUUAGACUUUGCAGAUUUGAAUUUAAAUCUCGAGAUUGAACAGGUAGAAAACAUUUUAGAAAUCUGAAAAAAAUGAAAGUUUACUUUUGUUGGGCGAUUGAUAAAAUAAUUUCAAAAUUAUAGUU